UCGAUAAAUAAAAGUUCCAAGAUGGUGCAGCACAUCAACUACAGGAUGCGCUGUCAACUGCAAGACGGGCGUGUUUUCAUAGGCACUUUCAAAGCCUUUGAUAAACACAUGAAUCUCAUUCUUGGCGACUGUGACGAGUUCAGGAGAAUCAAGCCAAAGAACAUCAAGUCCAAUGAAAAAGAAGAGAAGAGAGUACUAGGGUUAGUCCUCUUGAGAGGCGAACAUCUUGUGUCCAUGACCGUCGAAGGCCCGCCAGCUGCUGAGGAAGGUAGUGCUCGAGUACCAUUGUCAGGUGCCAGCCAGGGAACAGGUGUAGGCAGGGCAGCAGGACGUGGCGUGGGUGCUGCAACUGUAGGAGCAGCUCCUGGCUUGCUGGGACCCACACGUGGAGUUGGUGCUCCAUCUCCACAGAUGAUGACCCCACAGCCACCACGAGUUGGUGUUCCACCUAUAGGCACUCCAGCAAUGAGGCCACAGGGUAUCCCACCAAUGCCACCAGGGGGUGUCAUGCGAG